CAAAUUGCAAAAAACAGUUUUUGCGAAUGAAUUUUUCCUGAUCUGAUUUGUUCCCGCCCGCCGCAGCGUUGGGGGGGGGGGGGGCGGGGCUCAGGAUGCCGCUAUUCUCCAGGAAGAAGAAGCCCAGUGAGGACUGUCGGAAGAGGCUGGAGCACCAGCUGUGUCGGGCCAAGGAAGCAGGUGCUGAUGACAUCCUGGACAUCUCGGGCUGCGAACUCUCAGAGGUCCCGUCCAGUGCCUUUUCCAUCUGCAAGGUUCUGCAGAAGAAGGUCCUGAUCCUCCACACCAACGAGCUGAGGGUUCUACUGACCAAGGGAUGUGACAUCAGCACUCUGUCCACCUUAAAGGUCCUGGACCUGCAUGACAAUCAGCUCACGUGUCUCCCAGAGGACAUUGGGAAAGUCUCUACUCUGCAGAUCCUGAAUGUGGAGAAGAACCAUCUGAAGGUCCUGCCAGAAUCCAUCGGGAAGCUGCAGCUGCUGCAGACGCUCAACGUGAAGGGAAACCGUCUGAGUGAGCUGCCACCCUCUAUCGGCUCUCUGAGGAGCCUGCGGACUCUGGACGUCAGCGACAACAAGGUCAUGCAGCUCCCCAAAGCGCUGGCCCACAUCCGCACCUUGGAGAGCCUCACCCUCGACGCCGCCGCCAUGACGUUUCCACCUGCAUCCGUGUGCUCAGAGGGAACCGAGAGCAUCCAGCGCUACCUGUGCAGCGAACUGGGAGAGGAAUACUGCCCCCCAUCCCAGUAUCUGCUGCCGGUUCUGGAGACCGACUGCAGCAAACAGGACUCUGACUGUUUGGAUGGACUUGAGGAGGUCUGGAAGAAUAAAAUCAGUGACUAUGAGAAGAGAAAGGAGCUGAAGCAGCAGGAGAAGUUGGCCUUUGAGCGCCACCUGGAGGAGAAACAAAAGGAGCACACUCAGCUUCUCCUCAUGAACAACUCCCACAAGGAAAACAUCCUGAUCUCAGUCCGACAGGAGCAGGAGCGCGUGGAGCUGGGCUUCAGCCAGCAGCAGAGAGCUCAGGAGGCCGAGAGGCUGCUCAUCCUGGAGAAGGUCCGUCAGGCUGAAGACAACAUCAGCAGCCGCAUUGGCAGCUUGCUGAUGGACAACAACAGGCAGAAGAAGAGUACCGAGUUUCUCCAGGCCAUGGAGGAGGACCGGAUCCGGAUGGAGCAGUUGACGACCAUCACACAGGAAGAGGCCAACUCCCUGAGGAAGAAGGAGGUGGCAGCCGCCAUGCAGAAGCUGCUGUCGGACGGCUACGCCAUGAGCCUCCUGCAGGAGGCCAGCGACUGUCGCAGGCAGAGUCUGGUCUCCGAGGCCUGCAGGAGCAUGGAGACUCUGGACAGGAAGUGUGAGCGGAUGCUGUCUCUCCAGGUCCUGGACAAGUCUAAGGCCAUCGCUCAGAUCUUGCAGGAGGAGGAGAUGCAGAAAGCUGCUUUCCAGGCGCUGCAGCUGCAGAAAGACGCUGUUCACGGAUACAUCCGUAACCAGAUCAAGCUGAUAGAAGGAGAACUCAUGCAGCUGACUAAUCUGGAGAUUAAAAGACGUAAUCUGGACUCUGAGAACCUGCAGGAGGUUCUGGUGGAGCAGCGGACGGCUCUCAGUGACCUGCUGCAGCAGCUGCUGAAGCAGAAGGACCAGCGCGAGCAGGAACUCAGACAGAUCCUGGUGGAGAUUGAGAGGAAUUCUGAGUCCAACCAGCAGAACUACUGGAUGAUCCAGUACCAGAGGCUGCUGGACGCCAAACCGCUGUCUCUCCGCAUGCAGGAAGCAGGAGUGGAGAUGGAGUUAGUCCACCUGCUCUGUAGACUCUCAGCUCAGCACUACCUGCCUGUCCUGGCCCACCAUCACAUCACUACGGAGGCGCUGUGUCACAUGACCUCAUCGGACCUGAAGCAGGUGGGAAUUACGGAAACGGGGAUCCAGAAGGCUCUGCUGAGCUGGACCCGGGAGCGCCAGCCUGCAGCAGGAGUCCGUAAGGCGGACCAACAGGAACAGGAAGCCGUCCCCACGGCUCCGUCCGCCCCUCCGUGUCCUUCCAGGACCUCCACCUUACAGACCCCUAGUCCCCCACGGAGCCCAGGAACCCCUGUCACCCCGUCGGCCCCUGUGCCCCUGGAGGGACCGGGAAGCUCAGAGUGUGUGGUCUGCAUGGAGACUGGGCCUCAGGUCAUCUUCCUGCCCUGCGGUCACGUGUGCUGCUGCCAGGUGUGCAGCGAUGCUCUGCAGGGCUGUCCUCUGUGCCGCAGCAGCAUCGCCCAGCGGAUCCGUCUGUUCCGCGGCUGAGCCGGACCCCCCCCCCCUCCCCGCCGUGGUGAUGCAUGACCCUGAAGCUGCUGUGACGUCGUCGUGUUUAAACGCUUUUACCAGGUUUCUGAAGCUCUGAGCCACUUUGCUACUGCUGGUUCUGGUUCUGUCGGUUCUAGCUAACAUGUAGUUAACUGAACAUGUGUGUAUUAAGUGGGACCCCCCCCCCCCUCACUGGUUGAAGACCGUUUCACCUUAGAACGUCUUCACUCAUCAUUCGUGCCUUCUUCUUGUACAUUUUGUAAAUCUUCUGUUAUUUUUAACGCUAGUUUGAUGAAAACAGGAACGACGGUUACGGACGAUCAUAGCCCCAGAUUCUACGGGCCGAAGCCCUUUAAGGCUGGAUUGGGUCAUCCUUCCUUUAUCUUCUCUGCUCCUUGCCUGAACUUCCUGUUUGGUGCCUUCUGUCCAGGGCAGAGGGCACAUCCUAACCCUUCUGUCCACGUUUACUGAGCUUUAAUCUCCGUCCCAGAGGCCAGCUGCUCUAAGCACUUUACAUGUUGUCCUUCUAGACCCGCUAGAAUAUUAUUUAAGUCUUUUAACGAGUAUUUAAAGUUCAAACUGGCUCAAACGAAGUGGUUUGAUGCUGAAAAUCAGGAUGCUGUUUUAAUAAGAUUUAGAUCUGUAUUGAUCCGGAUGCAGAAAACACCCGUCUGUUAUUCAUCAGGCCAACAUGAGCUAAAGCGGUUAUCUAACUGCCUCCAUGUCCAUCUGCUGGUUUCACACCAACUUAAAUCGUCUCACAGCUCGUUUCUGUGUGAAGCUGUUCUGUCAACGUGCUCUCAACUCUCCUGCAAAAACUACUGUAAAUGUUUUCAUGUAAUCUGAUUCUAAAGCUAAUAAAACUCCUGUGUUACCCUGUACCCACACAACA